UCCACAAGAUGCAGUUGUUGCACAACAGUAUCUCAGAGACCAUCAGACCUUUGUUGGCACAGCUCGUUACUGGACUGAAACUUUUGCAAAAACACUUGGCACCGAGGAGAAGAUACAAAAGCUUGUGGAAAUGGGCUUUCCUGAAGCUCAAGUGAGGAGUACUUUGGAAGCCACAGGUUGGGAUGAAAACAUGGCACUUGAAAAGCUGUGCUCUGGCUAGCACCUUUCAUACUGCAGCUCAUGUUUUGGAGGUAGAAGAUUAUAUCCUGCCAUCAAAAGCUGAAUGACCAAAAAAACUCAUUCAAUCAUACUGUUACUUGGGCAACCUUGUUUUGGUAUCUUUUAUGGUUUGGGGUCUGACAUAUCGUCACAACUCGUGAACAUUCUGAUGUCAUUUUACAAUAUCAAGCAAAUUGCAUAUUAGUUUAUGAUAGGAAGUGUAUUUGCAGGUGCGAAAUGUGAUUUUCAGGUUCAGCCUAAGCUUGCAUCAUGCUUUCUUCUUUUGUAAACUAAUUCUGCAAAGUUAAUAUAUUACAUUUUUGGCAAUAA